UAUCAGACAUGCAACAUGAAUAUCAAAUAAAAAUAAGGUAUCUACAAGAAUUUACUGCUUUAGGAACUGCUGGUGGAAUGUAUCAUUUUCGAGAUUUAAUUCGGGGAGGAUCUCCAGAAGCUUUCUUUAUUUUAAAUGGUGAUGUUUGUGCUGAUUUUCCAUUACAGAAAUUACUUGAAUUUCAUAAGAAACAAAAUAAUGCAUUAGCAACAAUUAUGGGAACUGAAGCUACCAAAGAGCAAGCAAUUAAUUACGGCUGUCUUGUAAUGGAUAAAUUCUUUUUAAUACGAAUGGAUUCAAAUUCAGAGAAGCUCUCCAGGAUCUCGGUUUCAACAGAAUACGAUAACCAAGAAUAG